GGUGGCUGUGCAGUGCGCCAUGACUGACGUACCUGUUCCUGGGGAGUUGCUGUACUGGCAUUGGAGCUGGCACCAAGAAUAUGCAGGUGUGCCCAAAGUAUAAAGCAGGAGCGGACGGUGAUCCUGGAGGGCGCAAGCAGCCUGGAAGAGGAGUUGGCAGGUUGAAGUCUGAAGGAGAAGCCACCCCCAGUGCUGAACGCAAAGGACUGCGCCCCAUUCGCUGCCAGCCAGCCACUGUGCCCAGCACUAGCAGACGUAGGCGGGAAGAAUCUCUGGUAUAUGGACGUUCGCAGCAUAGCAUCAACUUCAGCCUUUCCUUCAACCCGGAACGCCUUAAGCAAGCCAGACAGUUUGUGGAGAGGGCCAUCAAGCAAAGGAAGAUCUUCAUGAUACACGGCCCUUACCCUGUGAUCCGGAAACGACUGCGUGGCAGGGGUUGGGUGGAGAGAAAGUUUAACAAGGUGCCCAAACCUGCUAGUAAGAGGGUGCCGGUGCAUGAUGGGGAACAGGAGGAAGAAGGAGAGGAUAGUGAUGCACCAGAGGAUGACGAAGAAGAAGAAGAGGAAGAUGAACAGGACGAUGACGCUGAUGGCACCUAUAGCCUCAUGUCAAGGCUGGUUCGCAACCAGAGUCCCUACUUCAUCUGGACCAACAGACGUGAUGUCGUUGACUGUCGCCUCCUGCGCAGGGACCAGAUGAUGAAUCACUAUGCCAAGGCAGGCACCUUCACCACCAAGGUAGGACUGUGCCUUAAUCUACGAAACCUGCCAUGGUUUGACCAGGCUGAUGCCGAGACAUUUUUCCCACGUUGUUACCGUCUGGGAGCUGCAGAUGAAAAACAUGCCUUCAUUGAGGACUUUCAGCUCACUGCAGCCAGGAGCCUUCUCAAAGUGGUAGUGAAACGAUAUUGGCGUGAAUCCCCCUUCCUUGCAUCGCUGGAUACUAGCGAGGAUGAGCCCCCCGAGGACAAGGAGUCUCCAGAAAUCAAGCUGUAUGCCAGCCACAAGAAAAAGCCUGUCCUGCCGUCCCGCCUGCUGGAGACUGCCAUCCGUGCCUGCGAGGAGCAUUUGAGCAGCUUGAGACACCAGGAUAUCGACAAAGAGGUCGGAUCUCCCCUGCUGAUGUCCAAGGCGCACUGGGAACAGUUUCUGCAAGACUACUACCAGGUAGUCCACGAGGGAGCGCACAUGAUGCAGACGGGCAGGCACGUCGAGCAGUGCGAAGAUAUCCUGCAUCGGCUGGCGAAAGUGGUCCCACAACUGGACAUGGAAGGUGACAAAAACAUCUGGAUUGUAAAGCCAGGAGCCAAGUCCCGGGGCAGAGGCAUAAUGUGCAUGGACCGCUUGGAGGAUAUCGUGAAGCUAGUGGAUUGUGAUCCCAUGAUUGUCAAGGAUGGGAAGUGGGUGGUGCAGAAAUACAUUGAGACACCACUGCUCAUAUUCGGCACAAAAUUCGACCUGCGCCAGUGGUUCCUGGUAACGGACUGGAACCCGCUCACCAUCUGGUUCUACCAGCACAGUUACAUACGCUUCUCUACGCAGCCUUUUUCCCUGCGAAACCUGGACACCUCCAUCCACCUCUGCAAUAACUCCAUCCAGAAGCACUAUGAGAACUCGCAGAACCGCCACUCCGACCUUCCCCCCGACAACAUGUGGUCGUCGGAGCAGUUCCAGCUCCACCUUCGGCAGGUGGGGGCCCCAGACGCCUGGUCCAAGGUCAUCGUGCCAGGUAUGAAGGCCGCCAUCAUCCACGCCAUGCAGACGUCGCAGGACCUGGUUGAGUUCCGUAAGAACAGCUUUGAGCUCUACGGGGCGGACUUCCUGUUUGGAGAGAACUACCAGCCAUGGCUGAUCGAGAUCAACGCUAGCCCGACCAUGGCUGCCUCCACUGCCGUCACCACCCGGCUGUGUGCCAGUGUGCAGGAGGACACCCUGCGGGUGGUCAUCGACCGCAAGUGUGACCGCACAUGCAGCACAGGGGCCUUCGAGCUCAUCUACAAACAGGCGGCCGUGGAGGUCCCCCAGUACAUUGGCAUCAGCCUUUUGGUCGAAGGUUCCACCGUCAAGAAGCCUCCUGCUGCGUCCCCAAGAAAUCCCGUGCCCGAUGACACAAGGAGCAUCAAGGGCAAGGAGCAGGCCAAGACCCCGAAGUUCUGUUACCAGCGUGGAAGACGUGGGAGGCCCCAGAGGCCUACCCCAUGCUGGGCAGCAGCAAACAGCAAGGCCUUGGUGCCGGGAAGCCCCGGGAAAGAGAACAAAGCCAGGGAGACUUCUCCGGCCAGCCAGGUGGCCUCUUCGACUUCUGCCGUGUUGAAGCUGCCCAGCAAGCUGAAGCUAGAGCCAUGUAGCAGGAGGGUACUGAUGGCGCACAGCAUGGCAGCCACCGUUGCUUUCCCCGGGGACAUGCUGUUGCAGCCAGAGCAGCUCCGUGCCAAAUCCCGCUCUCAGAAGCUGGCCGCGAGCCUGCAGGAGUCCACUAACCGCCCCGCCAAGAUCGCCGGCGUGUUUUUGCAGGUGCCCUGCAAGGCGGCUCAAAUGCCAGGCCAUGAUGCGCCCUGCAGGCUCCCCUGCCUCUUCUGCAAAGACGGAAAGGCCUUGGCCAGAGCACAAGUGGUGUGCGGCUGCUCCCAAGCCAAGACUUUGCUUCCCAAACGCCGCUUCCGCAUGGGGGUCAACACACACCAGGCGUACCCUGAGUUUGUGAGUGCUCACAGGACGAACCUCUUCCCCCCUCUUCUGCCCUGAGAAGCCUUGCUUCACUAA